CAAACAUGCCAAACAAGGAGACAAACUGGCAUCGGAUUCUCUUUCGCUGCGACUACGCGGACUCGCUGCGGAUGGAAUUAUCAAUAUCAAUGCAAUGGUAAUAGUGACGGGCCAGAAGUGUCAAUCGGUGUCGCUCGCGGCGCUAACAGAGGCCUGUCAAUUACAAUACAGCGCGGCGUUGCCACGGAGCCUCCCUUAGGCCCGCAACGUGGUCCAGUGAUCAGGAGCAGCUGCGGCCUAGCCUUCCUGCUAUCGAGACUUGGGAAUUAUGCGUCGUGAACACUUCACAUCUUUCGUCAACCGCUGCUAACCUCUUCUCUCUUUGAUUUCGAAACAUGCACAUGGCGAGACGGCUAUCUGCUGUUACUGUUGCUCCUAGGAGAGAGCCUCCUGCAGCAACACAAACGACGACUUUCCCUACCACCGGUGCAGUUCCUUGCCCCUCAUGCCCGUUCGCCGACAGACGACUCCAAUCACCUUGGAGGAACUUCCCGUAGAUACUUACGAAUCGGAUAUGCCUUUGGGUUCGGAUGACGAACUGGACGAGCGGGCCAGAGCUGCAAAACGGAGGAGGAUCGAAACCCUAGGCAACUCGUACCUGCAGGGGAAACCACUUUUCAUCGCCUCCGCCUCACUUCGGGGACCUUUCGACAGUGGCUGGAUAAACCCUUGGAAAAAGAAUCGGAGACAGCUCUCAAAUGAGGUUGUCAGUACAAGAAGGCGAGAUCGUGAUAGGAGGAACGAGGCAACAAACACUGCAUCAAUCAAUACAGGCAAAGUGAGCGACCGGCAUUAUCGGGGAAACUCUGUUCCCUCAACACCAGCGUUUCACGGACAACAACAACGAUCACCGUCAGUUGUAGAGUCUCCAACGUCACGUUUGAAAGAGCCAUCAUCCGCCGCAGCCUUGGCUCGCGAUGCCUGGUUGAAGAAAAAAAUGAGGACUGCUGAUAUUCAACAUUACGAUCCUCCGACCUCUCCAUCCAGUCGAUACUCUGAUGUACGAGUAACUGGUAACAAAAAGCGACUAAAAGUUCCGGAUGGGAAGGGUGAAGUUGAGCUUAUUGGGCGGACAAAUUCAGGCCAAAGAAAUGCCCCUAGGGUGCAGCAGUUGGAAUCAGCCUCAAAUGGCAUUCGAAACGCGCCUUCAUCUAUAGACCAUCGCUUUAUAUCUGCAGGCCAGACACACCAAGGCCCUCUGUCGAAAGGAAGCCGUACCCGUGGUGCUUCGAAUAUCCAAAAUGGAGAAAGCCAAGCAUUGAAAAAUUCUGGACACGGCGGAUAUUUACGUGCUACACAAACGCCGCACGACCUUCACAAACCAAUUAUACCAACUAGCAGCCCUUCUGUUCGCAUAGUUCCACCGUCCUCGCACCUUCCAGAAUUUAAGUACCGACUGCCCAAAAAUCAAUUAAACAGAGAACCGGCCGAGCAUGACGGGUCUGUUGUUCAAAGUGAGACAACAUUCAGAGAUGACCAUCUCCAAGAACUAUCUCUCGACAAAAACCCACAUUCCUCGUAUCCUAUUCUUGAUGAUAGCAGCAGUCGGGUAGUUUCAACAGGGGCUCAGGCGAAUUGCGGCACGAUGGAGGCUUCAGAAACUAAAGCACUCAACUCUGGAACAAGCGAGAAGAUUCCAUCCGCUCAAGUUGUAUCUAGACCAAUACCGAAUCCGGAUAAUUUCAUAUCACUACAUUCGACUGAACUUCGUGUAUUUACGGAAACUGGUAUAAAUCCAGGUGGUGAGGGUGAAGAACUAUCAACACAAGAAGCCUUGCAGCUGGCCCAGAAGUCUUUUCAAGAGGAUUUUGCUACUCCAGGGGGAGAAAUUAUCACUCUUUCACAAACGAGCAAUCGUGGAAACUGGCCUGCUAAACUCAUAACUCCAUUUUGUCGCGUCAAUGCCUUUCAAUCUGAUCUAGAACUCCAGGUUCCUAACGAGAAAAGACCAGAUGAAUUAGCCCAAAAUUUUGAUACCCAAGCUAUGAUCGCUUCUGUCACUCCUUUCAGUGCAGGUACAUGGAAGAAAGAGGACAAUUGGCAACAUCAAAAACCUUGUUCGAGUACAAAAAUUUCAAGUUCCAACUUGAAGAAAAAGGCAAGCUUCGCUGUAUCUCAACUCUCGUCACAAUCGGCCGACCCAGCCCGCACACCAUUGAAAUUACAUCCACAAACUUUAGAAUACGACUCUUUCCCAGCUCUUCCUUUGACUCUAUCUGUCACAACUCCUGCGACGGAACAGCAAGACGGUCAACAGCUUAUAGACCCAUUUGAUCUCAGUCAGGUGAUCCAAGAUGCUGGAAGCUGGCUUCAGCAGAGCUGGAAGUAAGGAAGGAAUUGAAGCAGCAGAGUGAGAAAAGCUUACAAUCUUCUCAGCAAGCUUUGAAGGGGGGGAAACCCUCUACUCAGAAAUCGAGAUUUUCGGGAUUUAUUUCGUUAAUAUACUUUUGUUUCCUUCUGCAAGACCGGGUCUCAAACCAAAGGCGCAGGAUUAUUUCACAGAACAUUUAUACCAUACUUGAUCUGAAUAUAAUUACUACUUCCUACCUAA